GUCCUGCACGUCGCUGCGCUCUUGAACCCACAAUCGGAAGUGCAGCUAUGGUGGUUGACAUUCGCUCCGGAUUACUUGGUGCCGCACAGCGGAUCGCAAACUAGUACGGCAGUAUCUACUUCCAUUUCGCCUUUCGCCUUCGCUGUGCGCGUUGGACCUGCGGGGAGUCCGGUUGACGAUGGAGAUGGACCCGAUCAAGCAGAGGACGGUGAACAGGACGACGAACCGUCGUCGGAGGCUGCCGAAGAAGUUGAAGAGCACCACCAGCAGGAAUUGUGGAAAUUGCUGCAGAACACGCCUGAAGGAAAGAAUAAGAGACGGAAGCGAGUGACUUUCCCAAUCACGGAAUCACAGAAAAAAAUAUUUCCAAAUAGGGAUUAUAUUUAAAAAGAGUACUAGCUGCGGUGUGCAUUUCGAAUAAAGAAGGGUGUCAGUUACAGUUUCUUUCUCCUUUUCUGUCAAAAAUUUGUUGUGUCAUGAAGUUGUAGGGCGAGGACCACAUAGAUACGAAUGAAAACGUGAGCAUCGCAGACCAGAAAGUGGCCGUGCUCUGGAGACAGAACAAAGAUCUGUGUUAUGAAGAGAUUUGUUUAAUAUGCCAGUGAAACUCGGAACACGGCAUGAUGUAUAAAGAAAGUAGCGGCGAAAUUCGCUACUGCACGAAAGAGCGAUCUCGUCUUUGGCGCUCCAUGCAUAAUUCCUCACGUGCGACAUGUAGAAUCGUCACUCGCUUUUGUGUCAUAACCAAGUGGCUCAAAAAAUGGGAGAAGCACAACGAAGGGUCGAAGUCUCAGGUGACACAGAGGAUUGCGCGCAGCUUCCGCUCCGAACAAAAGGACGUCCACGUCGCAAACAAGAAUACCACAGCGGAACGGACCUCAGCAAGUUCUCAUCUUGUACAAAAGAAUGCCAAUCCUAGCACCGAUGCUAGCUACAACUUGGCACAACGUGGUACGGAAAUGCAAAUGCCGGCCAGCUCCAAGAACACGGACGGCGUAGUCGCUGACGUCUCGGACGAGGCGCGAUCUGAAACUGCAGCACAUCUACAUCUAGCUGAUGUUUACGCGGUCCAUGCAAAUACGGCGGACCCGCCGGACGACGAGAUUGAAGAUACUCCGAAUGUUGUUCGAGCUCGUCCUCUUCGUGAGUUAGAGACCGGCGAGAGUGAUAAAGGGCCGCAUCAUGAACCUCGCUUCGCUGAAGUAUUAAGGCCGUCGCGCACAGUGCCUUCUGGUCAUCACCUUUCCACAGAAGUAGACACUGCUGCUGUUGUUGUCUACCGCGAG